GGCUGUAAUGAGGCCCUUAAUAAAUGAACAGAAUUUCGAUAGUACUUCAGAUUGAAGACCACAAAAGAAGCACUCCUGCCUAUUCAGAAGCACUACCAACUUGAUGACCAACAUGGUAUUUCGUUUAAAAAGCCAGCCUUGGGUUAUAGUGACACUGUGAGUCUUGCUAUGGAAGCCAGCCCUUGGAGUUGUCUUCAGAAGCAAGCAGCUUGGGGAAGGAGUGUGGUUGACUUUUUUCUGGUGAUAACACAGCUGGGAUUCUGCAGUGUUUAUAUUGUCUUCUUAGCUGAAAAUGUAAAGCAAGUUCAUGAAGGAUUAUUGGAAAGCAGAGUGUUUGCUUCAAAUACUUCCAGUUCAUCUAGUGCAUGUGAGAGGAGAACUGUGGACCUGAGGAUAUACAUGCUUUGCUUUCUUCCAUUUGUAAUUCUUCUGGUCUUCAUUCGUGAGCUAAAGAAUCUGUUUGUGCUUUCGUUUCUUGCCAACAUUUCCAUGGCUGUCAGUCUCGUGAUAAUUUACCAAUAUGUUGUGAGGAACAUGCCAGAUCCCCACAAUCUUCCAGUAGUGGCUGGUUGGAAAAAAUACCCACUUUUUUUUGGUACUGCUGUAUUUACCUUUGAAGGCAUAGGAGUGGUCCUUCCAUUGGAAAACCAAAUGAAAGAAUCAAAACGCUUUCCUCAAGCAUUGAGCAUCGGCAUGGGGAUUGUCACAGCUUUGUACGUUACCUUGGCUGCUUUAGGAUACAUGUGUUUUCGUGAUGAGAUCAAAGGCAGUAUAACUUUAAAUCUUCCCCAGGAUGUGUGGUGCUGGAGCAAUUCUCAUUCCUCGUUUAGACAUUGUGAUUUCCUUUGUUGGAGCUGUGAGCAGCAGCACGUUGGCCCUGAUCCUACCACCUCUGGUUGAAAUCCUUACAUUUUGAAAGGAGCAUUACAACAUAUGGAUGGUCCUGAAAAAUAUUUCUAUAGCAUUCACUGGAGUUGUUGGCUUCUUGCUAGGUACAUACAUAACUGUUGAAGAAAUUAUUUAUCCUAGUCCUAAGGUUGCAUCUGGCACUCAACCAAGCCCUCCUCCAAAUACGACUUCAACAUGCUUAGCCUCUGGCUUGAGGUAGAAGAAGCAGAG